AUGCCUCCUGUCCAGCACGCGACUUGGUUUUCCAGCAUUCUUGGUCGAUCCAUUCUUGAUAACGACAAUAACCAACAUGCCUCUCGCAAUUUGGAGACAGACCUGACCUCCACAGGUGGUGGUCUUCAUACCGUUAUCGCUCGAGCCGAGAAUACCUACACCCCCGGUUCCGGGUCAGUGAACCCCAAUGACAUUAACAUGCGAGGCCUGUAUGCCUUGUUUGCAAUUAUUGGCGCGCUUUUCGUUUUGGCAACCAUCUGGUUCUUCUUCUGGGCAAAAAAUGGCGGGUUUGUUUGGCGAAAGGGUGACUGGGAAGAUUACAAAUCGACCGUUCUACGACGCAAAGGACCUGAUGGCCGCACGCUUUCCAACGCCACAAAGAGCACGAAGCUGGGCGGAGGCAGUAUUGUCAGUAAAGGCUAUACUGAUGACGGGUACACUGAAACCGGAACCAUGAUUUCUGAGAAGGAACCCAGGAAGAAACGCAACCUCCGUGAAAAAUUCCUCCGCCGGCACAAGGACGAGAACUGGGAAGGCGAGGCAGAUGACGAUGUCCGCGCUUAUCGCAGAGAGAAACCGGCCCAAAUUGGUGGUAUUAACCGUGAAGCAGACGGCACAUACUACGGUAGUGACUACGAUACUUCGAACCCACCCAGCUACUAUCAACAAAGCGAAAUGACCGAGGUCCGUGACUAUGCCUAUGAGCCUGCUAGACAAAGCCGGAAUUUUUCCUUUGUCCCCGGAAGCGAAGAUACUAUCAGCCAAACAACAGCAGAACAUGCGCUGCGCGAGCCUUCUGCUUCUACUCGUCGCCAAAAUCGCCGCCGGGAACGACAUCGCAAUCCUCCCGCGUCCUCUCGCCAAAGCAGCCCUCGUAAACGUGAAUCUCGUUCUGGAGGCCACUACACUGAGCCACUCGACUUUUCCUCCGCCGCCCCUUCAAGAUCGGAGUACCAGUACUCUAAUGUUGGAACCGAGGAAGAAGACCUGGGCACGAUGAGCUAUCACCAUCCGAUCCCCGGCCUAAGUAAGGGCUACAGACGUGAUGGUGGACAUAGCCGACGCAGAGACAGUCUGAGCGACAGUGAUGGCGAAACCCGAUAUUCAUAAACGAUAAAUUAACAACAACAUCAUUUUCUCCUUUUUUUUUUUUUUUUUUUCUUUUCUUUGAUCUGGCUUGGUCGAAACACUGCGAUGGAAUUGUAAAUAACAUGGGAACCUGGGUAAUGGAUUAACGAGCGAAUGAAACAAUGACUAAGUCUUUACAUACACGAGAAUUGGGAUGGUAUGGGGUGUCUACGACAAGGAUAAUGGGAACCGACGAAUUGAUUGAUUGAUUGAUUGAUUGUUAUUGUGUAAUUUCGAAUUGAAUGUUUCUGUUUCUUUGAUGCCAGGGUUCUUAUUUCUGUAUUUCCCAUACAAAUAAACGUUGAUACCUACCUAGGUACAUACACCUCACAAUCUAGCCUGAUCUGGU